UUAUAGCUAGCUACUUUUCGUAGGACCAACUAUCAUUUACAGCUGACUUGUUAUACAAAGUUCAAGUUUGGUUAUAUCGACUAACUUACUAGCGCUGAACAGAAGCAACAUUGGCGAGUUAUAAUAGCUACUACAAUUGCUAACUGGAUAUUUAGUUUAGCCUCAUGACAUGUCAUGACUCAGGAAAAUUGAUAAUCGACACCUAUAAUUGGUAGUACUCUCACAGACCAAGGACGUAUCUUAGGCAAAUGGAUCCUCCUCAUCAAUCCAAGGGAGGCAACAGGCCUCGGGAUGGUAAACGUGGACCAAGCCAGUCCACUGUCCCUCAUCAGAAAGAUGCCUAUGCCAGACUCCUCAGCCAGCAUCACAGCAGCAAGUUCAGAUCCUACCUGGACCAGUAUGUCCAACAACAGGGGGAAGAGAGGGGGCCGAGCGAACAGAGGCAGGGAUUAGCAUACAGCGAGAAACAAGACAUACCGCAGAGAAAAAGGGACCAGGCGUUUAUCGAGUGCUCUGACUCGAGUGACUUCUCGCCUUCGCCUAUGAAAGGUAAGGGAGGCGAAGAGAGCUCUCUGUCCUUGUACAUGGACAAGCUGAAUAGUCGGGGAGCCCUGCAGGAGCCGGAGAGGAGGCAGGGGGUUUCCGACAAGCAGCGACGCGGGGAGAGGAGGGACACCAACACCAGUCAGGAUGGAGAUGUGGAGUCCGGAGAGGAGUUUGCCUCCCUCAAACAGAGGGACUCCCAGCACCAACAACAGAUAAGAAACAAAGACUACAAAGACCAUGCUUACAAAGUGCCCACAAGUAACCAAGGGAACAAGGACAUGAGUUAUGGGGCAUCCCCCCCGAAAGCCUUCUCAUCUUUCCCAGCUCAGGCGCAAGAGAAGAAGAAGUCCAAGAAGAAGAAUGUGCCAAAGACCAACGCAGAUAACAAGAGUGGUGGGCCCAUGUGUCCUGACUUCGAUGCAGACAUGUCAACAUCCCCCCUUAACAAAUCCAAAAACAUGCAACCACAAGGUGCCACUACGCCUUCUGACAAGGGUAAGAAGACUAGAGGAGGCCAAGGAGGAUCAAAGAAGCAAGUGUUUGAAGCGUACAUGACCACAGAGGACGUUUCCCACGGCCUGAAGAGAGGAGAGCUCAUUCAGGGAUCCAUAAGAAUCAACCCCAAAAAGUACCACGAGGCUUUCAUUGCAGCACCGGAUGGCAAGCGGGAUAUCUUCCUGGAUGGAACCGCAGCCCGCAACAGGGCCCUGAACGGGGAUGUGGUAGUGGUGCAAGUUUUCCCUCAGGAGCAGUGGAAGGUUGUGAAGUCAGACAGCGAAGGCGUGAGCGAACCAGAGACCCAGUCUGGGAGGAGCCAGACACCAGGAAAGAAGACCAAACGCGCCCCCAGUCCUGAUGUCAUUGUGGAAGCCGAGACUGAAGCUGAGGAACAACUGGCCAAGAGGGUGGAGAACAUCAGCCUCAACGUCACAGAAGAUGGAAUUAAAAAAGAGAUACUCCAAAGGACUGCUAAGGUGGUGUACAUAGUGGAGCAGAAGCACUCGCGGGCCGCCACAGGCUUCCUCAAGUUCCUCCCGGACAAGCCCUUUGCCAUGUUCUCUCCUGUUGACCACCGCGUUCCACGGGUAAAUGUUCCCCUGCCAGAUUGCCCCCAUGACUUUUGCUCCCGCCCGGGAGACUACGCCAACAUCCUGUUCAUCGUCCGCAUCACCAGCUGGCCAGACGACAGCAACUUUGCCGAGGGUCGACUUGCUAAGACUCUGGGCCAGGCCGGGGAGAUUGAGCCGGAGACCGAGGGCAUCUUGAUAGAGUACGACGUGGACUUCUCCGAGUUCUCUGUCGAGGUGCUGGGCUGCCUGCCCCAGAAGCUGCCCUGGACCAUCCCCCCUGAGGAGUUCGGCAACAGGAGAGACCUGAGGAAAGAAUGCAUAUUCACAAUUGACCCAGCUACCGCCAGAGACCUGGAUGAUGCGUUGUCUUGCAAACCACUGCCCGAUGGCAACUUUGAGCUGGGCGUUCACAUUGCUGACGUGAGCUAUUUCAUGGAAGAAGGCAAUGCGCUGGACUUCAUUGCCAGUCGGCGAGCCACCAGUGUCUACAUGGUUCAAAAGGUGAUCCCCAUGUUGCCUCGUCUGCUGUGUGAGGAGCUGUGCAGUCUAAACCCCCUGACUGACAGACUCACCUUCUCAGUCAUUUGGAAGAUCACCCCUGAGGGCAAGAUCCUGAGUGAGUGGUUCGGUCGCUCGGUGAUCCGCUCGUGCAUCAAGCUGAGCUAUGACCACGCCCAGAGCAUGAUCGAGGCCCCUGACAAGCUGUUCCAGGCAGAUGAGCUGCCCCCCUGUGCCGCCGAGCACCCCAUGGAUGAGAUCCACCAGGCCGUACUCAACCUGCACUCCAUCGCAAAGAGGCUCCGUGCCCAGCGCUUCCAGGGCGGCGCCCUCCGCCUUGACCAGUUGAAGCUGUCUUUCACUCUAGACAGAGAGACAAGCAUGCCCCAGGGCUGUUAUGUCUACCAGUACAGGGACAGCAACAAGUUGGUAGAGGAGUUCAUGUUGCUGGCCAACAUGGCCACGGCCCACCAGAUCUACCGCUCCUUCCCCAACAAGGCCCUGCUGCGACGCCACCCCCCGCCCCAGACCAAGAUGGUGGACGACCUGCAGGAGUUCUGCGACCAGAUGGGCCUCAACAUCGACUUCUCCACGGCCGGGACGCUCCAUAAAAGUUUGAAUGAGACCCUUGGUGAUGACGAGUACACCAGCGCCAGGAAAGAGGUCCUGACCCACAUGUGCUCCAGACCAAUGCAGAUGGCGAUGUACUUCUGUACGGGGGUGUUGAAGGAGGAACUCCUGUUCCGUCACUACGCCCUCAACGUACCCUUCUACACCCACUUCACCUCGCCCAUACGGCGCUACGCUGACGUCAUAGUCCACAGGCUGCUGGCCGCCUCUCUGGGCUGUGGUCCUCACCUAGAGUUGAAAGGGGAGGAGGUGCAGAAGCAGGCGUCCCACUGCAACGACAAGAAGACGGCCUCUAAGAGAGUCCAGGAGCUCAGCUCAGAGCUGUUCUUCAGUGUGUUCGUCAAGGAGAGUGGUCCUCUGGACUCUGAGGCCAUGGUGAUGGGAAUUCUGGACCAGGCCUUCGACGUCCUCGUGCUGCGCUACGGGGUGCAGAAACGCAUCUACUGCAAAGGUCUACAUGGCCUGGAGACGUUCCACUUCCACAAGGUGGGGAAAAAGGGGGAGUUGACUCUGGUGUGGGCUGCAGAGGAACCCGGGAAGCCUAGCGUACGGCAGGAGAUCUCCAUCUUUAGUCUGGUGGACGUGCAGCUGAGGGCAGACGGAGCCCCUAUGAAAUACAGCGCUGUCAUCAAGAGGCCUAAUGAGACGGCGUAAUGAAUACUCUCAUGUGCCCCGAAUAACACACACACACACACACACACACACACACACACACACACACACACACACACACACACACACACACACCAUAUCACACAUUCUCUGACAAAGACACACAGCACUGCUGAAGAAGCUUUGCCAGUAUUUUGACAUUGACUACACAAACACACAGGUUCUUGCACGUUUUUUUAAUAUGUAUUAGAAAAGCAACUUUUUCGCAGUUUAACUUUACAGUUCAGUUACCAUUGUUACCACCGAGGCUGGACCGUAGCACUGAAGCAGUGGUAUUGUUGUAGGGCCUGGCUGCUUAACUGUCAAACCACCAAGACUGUGAAAUUAACUUUUUAUUUUGCCGUUUUUACCUUUUUUAUGAGGUCAUUUUUAGAUAUUAUAAUUAUAUACACAGUCAAUGUGUGAAGAUGAUGGCUUAAACUAUUUUUUGUUUAAAAUAAGUUUUAUUGAAGCUGUGUUCUAUUAAUGUCAAGUGUACUGUAACUGGUUGUUUCAGUCGCAAUGCAGUUGUCGUUGUUUAUUUGUAGCUGUAACCUAGCAAGAGCUUGUAUGCUUUUCCACUUCAAUUCAUAGUAUGACACUCGUCCCCACAUUAAUCUACUUUAAAGGCUCGACGAAGCGUUCGUUAACCGUUUUCGGAAGAACCUUGUGGAGGCUGCAGUUAUUUUAAAAGUGAAUUCACACAAUGAAUAACGUCUGACUUUUUGCCAAAUGCUUUGCCACCCUUUUAUGUAGCAAGACAUUUUUGUGUGUCUUGUGUAGUUGUUUAAAGUGAGACCUGAAAUCCUUGUUGGCGGAACUGUUCCUGAGUAAAAAUAUGACCCUACCCCAUCCACUAAUAUACCGCUGUUUAUAUUUUUAUGGCAGUGCAUGCUGGUGUUUACAGUGCAGAUUCUACGCAUGCUAAUCCAUUGUAUCUCAAAGUUGUCAAGCGUGUGACUCGACUUUUAUCGUGACAGUUUUGGCAGUGACUCUAAAAUAAUGGCGUACAAUGCUGCUGUGAACUACCGUGUGAAUGUGAGGCCUUGACCAUUUUGUCUCCCAUAAAAUCCUUCUGGCAUGCAGGUCCAAAAAAAUACGGACACCUUUUCUUUGAUGUCUUUCAUCUCAAGAUCUCAGUAUUGUACAUGACAGUAAUGAUUUAUAAAUCCUUUAUUGUUUUGGAGGGCAGCCAUCUUAGUGGUCUUGCUCCAUAAGCAGGUGUGCCUUUUUCUGUGACGCUGUUUUACUCUAGAAAUAAAAGCAAUCUGUAUUGGUUUACAUUGUACAUGCAGUUAAGCAAAUAUGUAUUAAGACCAUAAAUGUUCUGCAAAUUGGAAGGUGCCAGUAGCAAGUAACUCCUUUAAACUCUUGAUACCAUGUUCAAACUCGCAAAUCAGAUGUUGAUAAAGUAGUAUAUUUCUAACUAGUAGCUGUAACUCACUCCUAAAUUUCUGUUUUGUCUUUGUGACCAGAUAGGAAUUACAAUCUGGGUUUAAAAAAGAACAAAUGUUUUUUUUCUUCAAUAACUAAUAAGCCUUUUUGCCUUUUAACUAAGUAAAGAUUUGUUUUGCUUAAAGAUGAGCAAAAACAACCCAUUUCCAGAGCUUUCUAUUUAGAGGGGGCUGUUUUUUUUUUGGUGCGUUUUAAAAGCUUGUGAUUGUCCUUUGUAAUCGGGUCGCCGAGAGCAAUUGAGUAGUGGGACUUUAACAGGAAGGGGAGAGCUAGGCGGUCAGUCCACACAAUACCUUCUUUCCUUUGCGCUUGUUUUAUGUAAUAUGUUCCAUUCAUUUUGCCCACGUAAUCUAUGCCUUACAUGAAAAUAAGUUGAGCUUUAAAAGGGUACUGCCUUCUCUGUUUCAGAUGUAAGAUUUAGGAUUCAAGAAUCUUUUCAUUGAUUUGAUUAUUUUUUAUUUUUUUACUGCGCUCCCCGUUCCAUUUGUGUAAUGAUGGUGUACUUGCAUUGCCUGCUCAUGGUGAUGCCAAUGUAUAGACUGCAGUGGUUGUCAAUGUCUCAAACCUGUAUUUACAGGGUCCACGAUAACAGGGUUAUAUUCAAUAGGAAGAGAAUGUAAUGAAACAGUGAAACAUGGAUAUACAACAAGAACUUGUCCAAUAAGAACAUUUUUGUUUACCUUUGCAAAACAUUUAGCUUAAUUGUGCUCUACUGAACAUGAUCCAGGUGUUGUCCGGUGGCUUGGGGAGUGGGAGAACUGUGCUGUGUUAACAUGUUAUACUAUCCAACUGGACACAAAAUAUUAAUGUAUUAGCAGUGAUCACAUAGGAAUUAGUUUAAAAGUGUACUUGAUGUGGCUGGCCCCUGUAAACCAAAUAAACAUCGGCUUCACUAAA